UCUCGCGCGCACGGCGUACUACUGGCUAUAACUGGUCUGGUCUUGCAGUUCAGUACCUCAGUGCAACUAUAGAGCGAGUAUGGUGUCCCGCGAACCGAAAAGCGCGGCAAAAUAUUAGAGCAGCCUAGCGAGGAUUGGUCAAGCCACGGAGUCGCUUGAAGACGGAGCCAAAUUUUUCAUGAAAAUCGUCACUGCGAAAACCCGGAAGCUUCGAUUUUCAUUUCGUUUGCCGCCAAAGCUCACGCCCGCCGCCACCGUAGUCGUUCUCGCGCGCUUUCGUAAUUCUGUUUAUUGCCCGGUCGCACGUAGGAUAGCUCUGCUUCGCGAUCGCAACUCGCCGUCGCAUUGUGUUCGGGAAUAAGAGUAGUCUCGUCCCGCGCUAGAGACGCGCAUUGAGAAGGAGAAAGAGAGAGAGAGAGAGAGAGAGAGAGAGCUUCCAUCGCCUUCGAGAAAAAGAACAAGCCGUCGUCCUCACCUGUGGGUCUGCGUCGUCCCUGCGCCCAGAGAGCAGCAGUCGUGUUUUUCCCGAGAGACGCGUCGGCGAGGAUAUCUGCGAUAGCUUGUGCGCACAGCAAAGGAAAAGAGAAAUAUGGCCAAGGUGCAGGUAGCCAACGUCGCCGUCCUCGACAACCCGUCGCCGUUCUCGAAUCCCAUACAAUUCGAGAUCACCUUCGAGUGCAUCGAGGAGCUCAAAGAAGAUUUGGAAUGGAAGAUGAUUUACGUUGGCUGCGCUGAGUCAGAAGAGUUCGACCAAAUCUUGGACACAAUCUAUGUUGGACCCAUUCCUGAAGGAAGACACAUGUUUGUGUUCCAGGCUGAUCCCCCAGACACGAGUAGGAUCCCUGUGAACGAUGCCCUGGGUGUUACUGUAGUGUUAUUAACAUGUUCCUAUCGUAGUCAAGAAUUCGUAAGGGUUGGCUACUUCAUCAAUAAUGAAUACACGGAUCCAGAAUUAAGGGAGAACCCGCCACCACAGCCUCAAUUUGAUAAAGUGCAAAGGAACAUUUUGGCUGAUAAACCACGUGUAACUAGAUUUAAGAUAAACUGGGAUGAUAGUUCAAGCUCACCAACAAAUGCUAUUACGGAAGGCAUGGAUGCGCAAUCAGGGGUGGAAGAAACAACACAAGAUGUUCCUUCAACUUUAGGUUUCACAGAAAAUACACAGAAUAGUAUGGAAGUAAUGUAAAUAUUUAUGUUUAGUUUUUUUUCUUCAUUUUCAACAAUUUUGAAAUUUUAACCAACUGUACGUGCUGUUUUUGCCAGGAAACAAAAAAGAUCACGUUUUUUGCGAAUAUGGCUUAGAUUAAAAGUUAAAUUUUUUAUAUUUAUAUAAUUCAUUACUGCCGUUCAUAAUCAUUUCACGUUUAAUUUAUGCAUUCUACAUGUACAAAUGACUUGCCUACCAAGUCUUUAAUUUAAUUAGAACUGAUAUAAAGAAAAAGUAUGUAGAGUAAUAAUAACUGUGUUGAGCAAAAUUAAUGAAAAAGUAUCUUCCUGAGUGAUUCGAUUGAUUCAUACAAUCCAAAAUCGUUUGUGCUUAUUAGUGUAUAAUUUUAACUAUUUCAGAGGAGAACCUCUUUUUGUAUAUUUUUUAUGGAUCCAGUACUGUCUAUUAUUAAUUAUAGUUUUAUCAAAUAAUCUCAUAGUUAAAAAUGGUAAUUCUAUAACGUCAGGUAGUCGAAACAACUGAAUUAUACAAAAUCCAACUACUACUUUUGUAAUAAGCAGAUGAUUGAAAUUUAAUUCCUUAAUUCAUCAUUAUUAGUUCAAUGUUUAUCAGCGCCUAGAAAAUAAGAUGGGAGUUAAUACUCUAAAGGUUCAUGUAUAUAUAUACAUAUAUUAAAAAUAACAUUGUUUUCUACUUAUA